AUGAUCGCUUGUGAUGGAUCUGAAGCUAACUUGGAACAGCCCUUCUUCGGUGCUAUGGGCUGCACCUGCGCCAUUGUCUUCACCUGUCUGGGUGCCUCUUACGGUACCGCCAAGUCCGGUGUUGGUAUUGCCGCCAUGGGUGUUCUCCGACCUGAUCUGAUCGUGAAGAACAUUGUUCCCGUCAUUAUGGCUGGUAUCAUUGGUAUUUACGGUCUCGUCGUGUCCGUCCUGAUCUCCGAUGGUCUGAAGCAAGACCUUCCCCUCUACACCAGUUUCAUCCAGUUCGGUGCUGGUCUGUCUGUCGGUCUCGCUGGUCUUGCUGCUGGUUUCGCUAUCGGUAUCGUCGGUGAUGCUGGUGUCCGUGGUACUGCUCAGCAACCCCGUCUCUUCGUCGGCAUGAUUCUUAUUCUCAUUUUCGCUGAAGUUCUGGGUCUUUACGGACUGAUUGUUGCUCUGCUCAUGAACUCGAAGGCUACCCUCGGCGCCACCUGCAAGGAUUAA